GACUUGAUGUCUUUAAAUGCGUGAACCGCUUCCUCUGAACUCACUCAGCAGUAAUUGCUUGAGACGGCAGGCAACAAUUCGGGAACUUGGAAUUACACCAAAUUUGAAACAAAGAACAAAACAACCCCAUUCCAAAUGGAGACCAUUCACAAGAUCAUCCCAUUGGCCAAGGAGAUGUGGAGCCAGAAGCCCAGCCGGCGGCUGGUGAAGGUGUACCUGCUGGGAGGCGCAGUGGCCUUCCUCGGGGUGGCGCUGGGCCUGGUGGAGACAGUCUGCCAGCCCUUCUCAGCCGAGGAGCCCCUGGAGGAGGAGCUGGCCAGGCUGGAGGAGCGUGAGCAGCGUCUGCUGGAGGCCCAGAAGCAGAGAGGGAGGACAGAGGAGACCGUGCUGGAGAGUGGGGAGGCCCAGCCCAGGAAGAAGCUGCACCAGGCAAUAGCUGGGCAGAGGAGCUCGGCCAACAGACUGCAUGCAUCCUAAACACCUUACACGACUCUUACACACACACAUACACACACACUACACACACACACACACAUACACACACACACACACAUAUAUACACACACACAUACACACACAUACACACACACACACACAUAUAUACAGAGAUAGAGAGAAUGAAAGAGAGAGAGAAUUCCAUGUGCUGAAUGACUAAAUGAAGACUUUUCAUGGUGAAAAACCUACCCUGCCAUACAUAGUGAGUAACACUUGUUAAUACAUUCACAAAAAAAAACACCCCUACCCUUGUUUCAAGAAAGAAAGUUUGAUACAUUGAGUCUAAUUGAAUGUCCAAGCAAACAUUUGAAUGACUGACAAUGUAAUGAUUUUAGGCAUUUAGCAGAACGCCUUAUCCAGGACAACUUGUGCAGCUGACAUUCUUUCACAUAUAAUCCAUUUAUGCAGCUGGGUAUUUACAAAAGCAGUUCAAGUUCAAGCCCAGGUCAUCUUGCUCAGGGGUACAUGAGCAGCGCUCCACAUUGAACCUGCAAGUGUGAAUUUGUAAACCCAGUCCAACUGCUAUACUACACUGCCACCACCAGUAAAACCAGAGAGAGGUAAAUAGAUUCCCAAGAUGAGGAUAUUUCUGGCUGCUGUGCAGCUGGAGUCUUGCGGGGUUCAAGGCUGUCCUGUACCGUGAUGAUUACGAUGUUAUGUUGUUUGUAUGAAUAUUUUUAUACUGGAGGAGAAACUCCCAUGUACUGUAUUUUUCAGUGCUAUAU